ACAGAGCUCGUGGAACUAACCUAACAAAGGACAUGACCAUUAAUUAACUCCACAAGAUGGCGGUAAUCCAAACAUAAGAACUACCAGCUGCCGUGCAACCUCGAAGAAGAAGAAAAGAAAACGCGCCACAUGAUGACGUCGUUCUAGAGCGCCGCAGAAGCUAGCUUCCAAGCUAGUAACGUUAGCUCACAUUUUGAAAGGAGAUUAUUGACAACUUCACACCUCAUGUCGGUGGAUGUUUUACCUUGUUAAAUGGUCCAGCAACCGUCCCGGUGCCGAGUAGUUGUUUGCUUCAGUCUCAACCGGCAGUCGUUAUGGCAGAGGAGGAGGAUUUAUUACCAAACCUUGUGACAGAGGAGAUGAGACACAGCAAUGGCGACUUCGUACCUCCUGACGGUUUAUGUUGGAUGUCAGUGCUGUCCUGUCUGCUGCUGGCCUGCUCUUAUGUUGGCAGUUUAUAUGUGUGGAGGAGUGACCUGCCCAGGGAUCACCCCGCUGUGAUAAAGAGACGCUUCACCAGUGUCCUCAUCGUGUCGGGCCUGUCGCCUCUCUUUGUGUGGGCAUGGAGAGAAUUCACAGGUGUCAGGACUGGCCCAUCGUUGCUGGCUCUCAUGGGGAUCCGGUUUGAAGGUCUCAUUCCUGCCAUAGUACUUCCUCUGAUGCUCACCAUGGUCCUAUUUCUGGGCCCCCUCAUGCAGUUGGCUACAGACUGCCCCUGGAGCUUCAUGGAUGGGAUCCGGGUGGCUGUAGACCCCUGGUUCUGGUCAUUGUGUUUCAGUGACAUGCGCUGGUUGAGGAAUCAGGUGGUGGCACCGCUCACAGAGGAGCUGGUGUUCAGGGCCUGCAUGCUGCCCAUGUUGGUGCCCUGUGCUGGUCCCUUCACUGCCAUCUUUACCUGCCCCCUCUUCUUUGGAGUGGCUCAUUUCCACCAUGUGAUUGAGCUGCUGAGGUUCAGACAGGGAACGCUGUCAGGGAUCUUCCUCUCUGCAGUGUUCCAGUUCUCUUACACAGCAGUGUUUGGGGCUUACACUGCCUUCAUCUUCAUCAGGACAGGUCACCUGAUGGGUCCAGUGCUCUGCCACUCCUUCUGUAACUACAUGGGUUUUCCUGCUAUCAGCACAGCGAUGGAGCACCCCCACCGCCUCACCGUCCUCUCCUCCUACCUGAUGGGGGUCCUCCUCUUCCUCCUCUUCCUCUUCCCCUUCACUGACCCCUCCUACUACGGUCUCCCUACACCGGUGUGCACCCUCACCUCCUCCCCCAGCUCCCUCUGCCUCUCCUGAUCCCUGUCCCCACACACAUCUCUGCUGCUGUCACGUCACCUUCCACUGAUGAAGCAGUAAGGGCGUAUUUUUGCCAAGUUAGGGUUCAGGUAAGGUCCAGUUUGGACCUACAGCGUUAACAGCCAUGUGGACUAUGUUGCCAUGGAGAGGUGGGGAAAUCUGUAGCCAUUUUCUAUGGUCUAUGGACCCUGGAUAUGUCAAUGCAUUUACAUGACAUAUUUCCGUUAAUCAGCUGAAGUACAGCUGACUCAGUUUGGGCAGGUGGGGGGUUCGUAAUGGGAAUGAAGUAUGACUGUCUGGUUGAAGGACAGUCUUUGUAAUCUUUGGCCUUAGCUGCCAUACUGAUACUGGUUUUAGUGUAGUUACAACACUGAAGGACAGUUCCUCCUCAGACCCUCUCAUGCUGACAGAUCUCAUCAAUUUGUGAUGAAGCAUCAUAAUGUACCUUUUUGGUGUACUCAUAUUCCACUGCUGCCUCUUCUUUAAAGGAUAAUUCUGGUUAAUACAACUUUGGUCUUAUUUUAGUAAUUUUGGCAGCCAUUAAUGUGAGUUAUAUGAGAAAGUUAUUGGAAAGAUUUGGAAACUAAGACAUCACAAAAAAGUCCAGUCAGACAAGUGGAAACGAAAUCCCAGGGCAACAGUAAAAUUAUUACAAAGCGUCUGUUUGCACUGUGGUGAGAAUAGUCACACUGCAGCUAUUUAGCUGUUUAAACCCAUUCCUCUGCCACGUUAUUAUGGACCCCACUGUGUGCUGUGAUAGACUAGUACUUGUGACCAGGGUUGGAAUUUAACCUUUUUGUCCACCUGCCACUGAGGCUGGUGGAUUCUAAAUCUACCAGUCAGUCAGUAGAUGAUCUUUUUUGGGCAUAUUCUACCAGCACUUGGGUGGUGGCUGGUGCUAAUUUCCAACCCUGCAAGUGACACGUUGAGGUUGAAGGUGGUAAGGGUAAGAGCAAAGAGUUCAUGGUAAGGCAAGUACUAGCCAAUUUCGGGUAUUCUCUGAGAUUAAAGUAGUAAAAAACUGGUAAAGCACAGGAGACUGUUUGAGUCCCGAGUGAGUCAUUGUGGGCUUAUUAUUUUUAGAAUAAGAUGACAUAUUAUUGUCAAUUCUUAGGAUGUAUUAAGCUGCUACAUGUACAUUAUGUACAUAACCUUUAGCAGAAUAGCUGAGUAGACCUGUUUUGCAAGGACACCCAGGAAUAUACACCUGGACAUGAAGAGCUACAAAGGCUAUUUACACACAGAUGUUAACAGCUACAUUGGCUAUUUAUCCCCAAAUACUAUUAGCUACAUAUGUAGGUAAGUAGCUACAGCUAGUCUAACUACUUACACCUGAGUGUGAAAAGUUACAUUGGCUGUUUACACCCUAGUGUCAAUAGUAGUGAUGGUCAGGACACCUGGGUGCAAAUAGCAUCUGCCAAAUUAUUACCCAUUUGUGAAGAUCAGCCCACUUCCUGGUUCAACUUUGAAAAACUGUACUUGUUGUAGUUGUAUUGCAUUAGCGCUGCAGCUGUUUAGUGUUUUCAAAUUGUUAUGGACUCCGUCGCACUCGCUUUCAGCUUGACUUCCAAUAACGUGGUUAAGAUAAUCUUGAUAAACUGUGUCACCCUUCUUAACCAAUAGAAAUGAUGGCCUCUGAAAAUAAGACCUGAGUUCUGCUAAGCGACAGGUCUCAUCCAAGUAUAGAGUUUUCGGUCAAAAAAUGAAAAAAAAUCCUUUAGGUCUCAGGUCAGGUUCGGAUUUUACAUUUGGCUGAACUAGUUGGGCUCAGUUGAAUCUAAUAGAAGCAGGUACUGUAUAGGCCUGAUUUGGGUCGUUGUUUUAGUAAACCAGAAUUAGCCUUUAACACCUUUGAGCACCUCCUGAGUGACGCAUGGGUUAUGGGGGAACAGUCUUUCCAGUGAACACAGCGAGAGUCACAACCCUUACACAGAACUCAACAUCUUUAAUGGCUGCACUGCAUUCUGGUCUAUAGAUGUUCAUAGAGAUGUUGGCAUCUUUGCCUCUCCUGGUUGGGAGGUUUUCUUGAUAUGACUGUUCAAUGACAAAUGACCCUGCUGUAGCUGUACCAGAGUUAAGGACUGUUGGGUGACACCUUGGUGUGAUGUAGGAAUAGGAAAUAUACACCAGGAAUUCAAUCUGCAUCACCUACAGUUGUUUUUAAUGUUGUGGUUUCGUUUUUAAACAAUGACAUUUCAUCUGGAUUUCUUCUAUGUUUGAAAUCAGACACGAUGACUCUGCUGUUGCAGAGAAGCAUUUUGCUGGAAGCGCUCAGUGUUUUGUACGAUAUAUUAAUGGUUAUUUAUAUACCUCUGCAUGUUUCAGUGCUGGUAGUUGUUGUUUUGUUGGUGAAAGUGGGUGAUGGGAUAGGUUGGGGGGGGGGGGGUCUACUCUUCAUAAUGGCUGAAACAUCCUCUGUGUAAGUGCACAAACACAAAUGACAAACUGGUUGUACGUACUCAUAGGAGAAAGGUCUAAUGUCCUCAGGGAGGUGAAACGUGACUGGGUGAUACUGGGACUCAGGCUGGGCUGCCAUGAUAAUUGUGGAAAAAAUAGAACAUUGCACAUUUGGUUUGAUUUAUUUAAAAUGUUCACACCUGUUUAGUUUAAACAAACCCUGGUGUGUGUUAACCUGUUCAGUAUGGUUUGUUUGAGCUGAUGAGAAAGCUGUCAGUCAGACUGUGGUGUGGUUAAACAACCGGAUUGAGACUGCUUGAAAAGAAUAUUCUUUUCUCUAAUUAAUCACAUAGUCAAAAGCAGUUAAAGGGUAACUUUUGGUAUUUUUUAACCUGGAUUCUAUAUCCCACGUUUUUGUGUGUAAAUGACUAAUGGGAACAACAACAACUUUUGAUAUUGGUCUAGCAUUGGGCACUGCCAGCAGUGGCGAAACAGGCUGUAAUAUAAUUCUUGGGGGCAACUAAGCACGAGUGUUUGUUUUUGCCACUGACAGGCUCAGAUUGUUAUGCUGAGUGUCUGACAACAUUAUUGAAAAAGACCCCUACAGAGACAAACCUUUUGUUGAAGAGUAAUAUCUUUUUGUGUAACCAGAAACAGCCCCAAAAUUUGCCAACACCAAAUCAACCAGAUUCCAUUUAUAUAAACAGUAUAUUAUCAUUGUUAAACACACUUCAAAGUUGAUAGAAACAAAAUAAAACCCACAAAAUCCAUUCCAACAAUCACCAACUCAAGUUCUGUUAAAAUAAAUUCUUAAUUUACUCAGUUAGAUGUGAAAAUAUGUUGGCUCUAUACAUGCUGAAAUGACUGUUUAUUUAAAUGGAGUCAAGUGGAUUUGGUGAAGAGGAUUUCAGGACUGUCUCUGGUUAAACAAAAAGAUCAUACUCCUUAACAAAAAGAUCUGUUUCUAUGGGGAUCCUAUCAAUAAUGUUGUCAGACACUUAGAAUAGCAAUCUGAAGCUGCCAGUGAUAUAAACAAGCACUUUAUAUGGAUGUAAAUUGAUGGUGCUCAGUUGCCUGCAGGGGUACAUUGCAGCCUGUUUCACCACUGCUGGCUGCAGUGCUCUCACUCAGUACUGGACUAAUUUGAAAAGUUGUUGUUUCUAUCAGUCACGUAGACACAAACACAUAAAAAUAAGGUCGGGGUUGGAAAAUACUAAACUUAGCCUUUGAAUUUCAGUGAGUUGUGCUUGUAUCAUCCAUGUACUUAAGCGGUUUAUGAAGUUCAUUACGAAGUGUGUGAAAAGUGUUUUUUUUUUUUUGUUUGUUUGUUUUUUCUAGCCUGAAGCGUCCGCAUUUGUGUCCUUACACAGAGUAUGUUUUUGGUCUUAAAGCUGGAGAUUAUUAUUAGUUGUCUUUUUUUCCAAGGAUCUUUACUUUGAGUUCCUAAAAUGGCCUGUAAGCCUUUUUAUCAUAUGCUGAUUGCUAAUUGUUUUUCCAUUUUGAGCAUCUUGCCCACAGGAGCUUACAGUUUAUAAACCAGUCACUAUUCAGAUUUGGUCCUUUGAUUUUUUUAGUCUCUCACCCAGUAUAUCUGUAGAUGCAAUAGGUGUGAUAAUGCCUACUGCUCCCAUUCUCUCUUGCUUCACUCAUAUAUUGCCUUUAAUUCAAGUGAGCCCAAGACUCUCACACUCAGGUGUCAUUUAAUAGAGGCAAGAAUGCUCCAACCACUGCACUGCAUGCUGCUACCACUAUAUUUAUAAUGCAGAUCCAGAAAAGGUCAGUGUGCACAUGACCUACCUUAUCAAGGGAAACUUAAUUAUUUGUGUUAAUAGUUUUGGCCAUCAUUCCCACCAGUUCUGAUGACAUUUAAUCACUAACACAGGUAGCUACAGAGUUCAAAUGGAGUCACAAAUGGUUGUUACACAAGCAGUCAGAAAGGUUAUAAGUUAAUUCAACUGUUUGUUUACCCCAUUUUGCCUUAAAGGGACAAUCAAACCAAAUCAAAAAUAUAUAUUUUGUCCUCUAACCUGUGGAGCUAUUUAUUGGUCUAGAUUGUUUUGUUGUGAGCUACCAAGUGUUGGAGAUAUCGGCACUCGGUUUGUGGUGCUUAAAGCACAA